GGCGGGAUGUGGGUGUGGAAAACCUGAGAGAAAAAGUGAAGUGGAAGGACAAGUGAGAGAAUAGUACUAUGCGGGUGACAACACAACAGAAGCUACAUUUUAAGAAACUUCUAUCUCUAAUGAAAAUGUGUCUGGUUGUUGUUUUAUCUGCUGAAAACAAUGACGACUGAGAGGAAGCAAUGGAAUUUACUCUAUAGCUCUAAACAAAUACGGAAAGCUAAAGAGGAAACUAUACGUUUGUUCCUACAACACAGAGUUUGACACCUCAGCGGUCUCACAUAGGUGGCCAGGAUGACAACCAACUACACGGACAUUAGUCCCUGUGCUCCAGAUGACAGGCUCUGUUUAACACGAGAAUAUCAGCUUGGAGUGAUUGUCGUCCCUUCGUUGUUGGUCUCGCUCACCUUGAUCACAUUAUUGAUCAUUUUUAUAUUACUGUUCUGUAAUCAGAGUGAGCGGACACGAGUCAGAACUCCUACUCGAUACCACAAUCACCAGCACACCACAAACCAGAGACACACACAGCGAAACCACCAUCACCACCACGACAACAACCGUCACCCCCACCACAGGCACCACCUUCAGGGAAUAGAUGCGCCCCCAGGGAUUGACCCUCUUGAACAUGAAGAUGUGCCAAUGAGAGUUCAAAACACACAUCACAAUGCGAAGCCACAACAUGAAUCCCCAGAGAGGCACGGGACUGCAGCACCACAUAGAACUAGAGACAGACAUGCAGCUGCAACCAGGCAUCGCUCUCCAGAAAGACAUGCAACAAGGCAUCGCUCUCCAGAAAGACAUGCAACAAGGCAUCGCUCUCCAGAAAGACAUGCAACAAGGCAUCACUCUCCAGAAAGACAUGCAACAAGGCAUCACUCUCCAGAGAGACAAGUGACUGCAGAACCACAGACAUCCACAAGGAGGCCUCUUGGAAACUUUAGUGAUGUCACUGCAUUGACACCAUCUUUCUACACCAAACCUAAUGACACAGUAAGCUUCUACAGAGCUCGCAUGGACAACAAGGAUGUCAUCCUGAGAGCACUAAAAGAAAAUGCGAGUAACCGUGAGAAACAGCACUUUCUGGGGUUUGCAUCCUUCCUGGGAGGACUGGGCCCUCACCCUUUUAUUCCUGCUCUACUGGGCGUGGUUUCUGUACGGUCGCCGUUGGUGAUAGUGCUGGAGGAGCUGAGGCACAGAGACCUACUGGGGUUCCUGUGGAAGUGCAGAGAGGAUAACACAAGUCAUGAACUGACAGAAAAGAGGAUCUUCACCAUGGCAGGACAAGUGGCCUCUGCUCUGGAUUACCUGCACAGUCAGGGAUCUAUCCACGGGAACAUCGGAGCUCGCAGCGUUCUGGUUGGUGGCGACUUGACGGCCAAACUGUGGGGAUUGGGCCCAGCUUAUCACAGAACACAGGUCGACACUGCUGGGCUGGUGGAGGAAAUGGAGCUGAAGAAAUGGCAGGCACCUGAAGUUCUGGCCAGGAGAACGGCCAGUAACAGCAGCGACGUAUGGUCAUUUGGUGUCCUCCUUUAUGAAAUGGUCUCAUUGGGUGACCCACCUUUUGCUCACAUCAUGUCGACUGAACUCCUGCAGUAUCUCCAAAGAGGAAAAACUUUGAAACGACCAACCAACUGCUCCAACACACUGUACUCCAUGAUGAAAUCGUGCUGCAGCUGGAGCCCCCAAGGACGUCCCUCGGUCACCGGACUGAUUAGGAUGCUUCAUACAGGAGAGCAAUCGGCAAAUGGGAGCACAGCUCUAAGAGCGCCUGAGCCACUGAACUUGGAAAGAUACAUGAGGGAGGCGGGAUAUGGAGAGGCGUUGAACUACGCUGUGUUCUGAUUGGCUGGAACUGCUGUGACAAAGGACUCUAUUGGAGCAAUUAUUCACAGUCCAGCGAAACUAAUUCCUUAAAGUACCAAGUACUGCUGCAGGAGCACAAAAUGUGCCAAUUACAUUGUUUGUUUAGAAAACAUAUUUUUAUAUUUAUAAGUAGUUUUGGAACAAAAAAUAUGAAGCACAACCAUGUAGUAUGUUUUAGGUAACUUAUUCUUUUUAAAAUAUUUUGGUAAAUAAUACCUUGGUCGUCUUGGACGUAAUAAAUAAAGCACUUAAAACAUAAAGUCAGUCCUGUCUUUUUUUUAAAGACAUACCAAAAAGUAUUGCUUAUUUUAUUAAUUCGAUCCAUAUCACCACAAAGAAAUAAGAUGCAGGGUUUAUGUGCAGUGCUCAAACAAAUAAAUUAUGACUUCAUAAACAUACAGUAGUAUUUAAUAGAUUUUUUAUUGUCUGGAGAAUAUUGAUAAAACCUAGUCUCUGUUUCACCAAGAAGAAAUCAAACAAAUUUUGGUAGAGUAACAGCACCUGACGAAUGUCUUGACUUUCGAGGAAGUGGAAAAGUUGUCAAAGAAAUGUGCAGUCUCCAUGGUAACCAAAUGUUGCACUGGCCAAUUGGUAGUCUUUAACGCCAUUACUACUGCAUCUGGUUAUGAAUCAGAGAUUUACCACAGCGUUGGGAUAUCUCACAGCAAACUCAUCAGUUCAGCUAUUAGCUGCAAGCUCGCAAGAAAAUCUAGAUGGAACUAGAGAAGUUUCUAUAAAAACAGUCAGAAACAAAAACACAGCCAUCUUUCUUGGUUACUGGUAUUCUUGCUGCAUCCCAAAAAGUAACAUUUUUGAGAAAUUACAUUUAAAAAAUGCUAGUGAUUGAAUAAAGAGUGAUUACAGGGUUUAAAUCUGGUCAGUUUGAUGGAUGACCAGAGUGACAACAUUAAAUCAGAUGUCACCAUCCUUAGUGGUGCUGCUAGGUGUCAAGUCCUGCUGGGAAAUUAAUCUACCAACAAUGUAAGAAGAAACAUGAACAAUGUUUAUCUACAAUAAGUAAUAGAUUCUGUAGAAUUGUGAAUGAUAGUACAAUGUUUGCAUUGCUGUUAUGUCACUUGACUCACACAAGUCGAAGAAAAGAUGAUAAAAUAAAAUUGAUGCCCAUUCCGGGGAAACGUACUUCAUAAAUGCCACACAAAAUUCAAGACCUCCCUGCAGUCCAAUAUGGAAUUAUGAACUCUAAGCCAGUGGAUGGAGAGGUGGAGCUAUAUUAUAAAAAAAACUGUCUGAAUAAAAAUCAAGACUCCGGAAUCAAAGUUCUACAACAGUUUCUUGAUUAUUUAUUUGCAUUAUAGUAUCAAUCAUUCUUCGUCAAACACACUCCUUCACGAUUUUGCAGUUUUUCUGAUUAUUGCAAAUGAAAGAUUUGCAGAAUCUUCAGUAAUUUAGGGAUGAAAGGUGCUGCUUGUUUGGGCAAAUGUAGAUCAAAUGAACAAAUCUGCAUGGAUGCACCUAAUAAAAACAUUACACAGGAACUAACAGGCUCACAACACAGUCAAUGAGUCCUUUUAAUCCAACUUUACACGUGGAAGGACCUGCAAAUUUAAAUACUUCAGAAUCCUGGGAAAACUGAAAAAAAAACCACACAUCAAGGAUUAUCCCUUCUUGAACGAAAGCAGCCACAACCAGUCACAAUGAAGCCAAAAAUAGCUAGCUACAAAGGUAAAUAUUGGUGGUAAGUACACAAUAUAUGACAAAGCUAUGAGGAAGACAGAGAAGUUUCCUUGAUCAAUGUAGCUACUAUUUCAGUCACACUUUGGGAAAAAGCAAUGGACGUCAUUGCUUGAAAGAAGACGUUUUUAAAAAUUACGGAUGUUCGUAGAAAAGAAGGAAUGAUAUGAAAAGUCUUCGUCUAAAUCUAGU